CUCGAGCACCGAAAGAUUGAUCGAACGCAAGAAGAGAGAAAGAAAUGGAUAUUGAGAUGGGAGAUAACAUAGGAAGCUGCAGUAAGAUAGAGUCUGAAGGCAACAGAGUCCUAGGAAGUCUCUAUGAGGCAGCCAUUUUGGGAUCUGUAGCCACCUUGGAAACAUUACUUGGAACAGACCCUCUCGUACUCGACAGACUCUCCCUCGCUUCCUAUCCCGAGACCCCCCUUCACGUCGCUGCAUUACGUGGGCAUUUAGAAUUCACCAAAGCCAUCUUGAAGCGCAGGGCCAAUCUAGCGGCAGAGCUGGAUGCACAGGGAUGCACAGCGCUCCACAUGGCUGCGGCGAAUGGGCAUGCCGAGGUCCUCAAAGUACUGCUGGGUGCCUACCCGGAUGCUCGGUUGGUCCGGGAUAGGGAGGGGAGGACUCCCCUUCACUUGGCCGCUAUGAGAGGAAGAGUCGAGGCCAUCAGGGAGCUUUUCAGCUUCUUCGAGGCAGACAGCGAUGACGCUCUUCGGCUGACGCUCCGAGGGGACAGCGCGCUACACCUGUCCGUGAAAUACAACCAGUUGGAUGCACUCAAAGUUAUGGUGCAGUCGUCGAGUGAUAAUGAAUUAGUGAAGCUGAGAGAUGCUCAUGGCAACACCAUCUUGCAUCUCGCCGUGAUGCUAAAACAAGAAGAGGCGGUGAAGUUCUUGCUUUCAGUACCCAAAGUAAGAGAACUUGCAAAGAGCUUGAACUCUAACAGCUUGAGUGCAAUAGACAUCGUACAGCAGUCCCCACGGGAUCUCGCUGCCAUCGAGAUUGAAGAUGCUCUUAUUAAUGCUGGAGUGAGACCACGGACUCGACUAGCACUCGAUGAACAUAAUAAGAAAGACAUUAAACCCGCUGCCAAUGCACUGGUUGGAUUCUUAGGGUAUUUUCAUCAGUUAGAGCAGUCUGUCAGUGACUGGAUAGAAUACAACCGGGGGGCACUGAUGACGGUGGCUACGUUGAUAUCAGGCAUAACCUUCCAGUCAGCAAUCACACCCCCUGGGGGAGUUCUUGACGAGAGAGAAGACGAUUUUGAGCGCUGCAUCAACCUGGACACCAAGACAGGUGCUAAAUGUUUCGGAGGGAGUGCUAUAUUAGCACACUAUAAUCCUGAGAACUACCUGACUUUCAUUAUCUACGACACUAAAUCUUUCGUCGGGUCUCUUGCGGUGCUGUUCUUGCUCAUAUCGGGGUUCCCUCCCAAGAACAGGCUCUGCCUGUGGCUUCUGACGCUCGCGGUCUGCAUCACUGUCACGUUCUUGGGUUUCACCUUUAUCGCCGCACUGAGACUGGUUCUCCCGGAUGAAACUAAAAAGAAACUCGACAUCAUGAUUGAUGGAUCGCUAAAAAGCUGGGUCGGUAUGGUCGCCGUUAUUAGCAUUGUCAAUGCAAUCAUUGGGAUAGCGCUAGCCAUCAAGUGGUUGCGCAACAGAUACUGCUCAAGUUGAAAAUGCAGGCUUUCCUUCAAUAGGAGGAGCCGAGGAAUUCUGUACACGUAUACUUGCCAGAGAUUGAUCCACUGUGUAAUUAAUAAUUGGCCCCAUAGGAGAAUGCUUCUUAUAUUGUGCCACUUGUACGGUCUGUGACCGCACUGACUAUCCCAUAAACUUACAGGAUGUCGACCCAAAUAAAAUUUUUAUACUUUGAGGAAA